AUGGAUGCGUCUUCCACUUUUGUAAUUGUAACCCGGCCUUUCCAGGCUAUCUAUCGGCCUUUUACAUCGUCCCAUCCAAGACCUGCACAACCCUGUCAGGCCGCAAACUGGAUGGCGCUCAAGGAACGCCCAGUUGGGGUGGUUGGUUUAACCUCAGGGAUAAAUCUAGUUUUUGGUUUUACUUUUUUUUAUGCAUCUAAGUUAUUUUUUUCCCGCCCUCUCACCGGGUACAGUCGCCUGUCGACCUAUCUACGCGAGUUGUUCAUCCGCGCUUACCACCUGUCUUUUUUUAUUUUAUUUGUUUUAUUUUUUUUAUCCGUACAACGAGCGAGCAAAGUCACCGGGUACCCUCAUCCACCCACCUUCCAAGGUUAG